UGGUUAGAUUUGACGGUCAGUUUGCAAAGUACUUCUCGAAUCAGAAUAAGGUGUAUUUCACGGUGGUUUGAUAAGCGUCUCCUUCCUUUCCAUUGGAAAUCUCUGGUCGAAAGAAGAUUUGUCCCUAUGCUAACUUGAAUGUCCCUAGCCCACUCUUCCUUCUCUCUCUCUCUCUUUUCGCUUUCUCUCUCGCACACACACUCACUGAAAAACAAAAGAAUUCUUUAUUCAAACCGUUCAAACCUGGACCUGGACCAUGGAUGAAGAGGAAAGUAAAUUGGAUUUUGGCGGAGCCCCUGCCAGGAUAUGUCUUGUGGGGGCGACACUUGCUGAAGACCCUGCAGUCUUAAAUGCUGUCCAGACACUUGGCCUUCCCGUUAUUUCUGAGACGCCUCAGACAUUAAUAGAAGAUAACAUAUGCACCCUUCUCAUUGUAGAAGACAUGGAAAACCCUAUAUCACCAACCCACAACCCUCUUUUGCGUGUCAUUGGUAGGACAGCGUUAAUUGAAAUUGUAGAGAAAGGAGGAAGCCUUCCUACCAACAGCAGGCCACUCUUCAACCAUGCUAUGGCGGGCUUAGUGGUUUGCUUCACAGGAUUUCGUAAAAGAGAACAUUUGAUGAAACUGGUUCGUUUAGUGCAAUAUAUGGGAGGCAGUAUUAGAAAGGAGAUGUCUGCUUCAGUGACUCAUUUGAUUGCUCAAGGAGUUGGAGGAAAGAAAUAUCAGUAUGCAAUCACAUUUAGAGUUCCUGUAAUGUCAGAGUCAUGGGUAUUUCAAGCGUGGGAAAGACGUAGAGAAGUAGGGUUUGGAGCAGCUUCGGCAGACUUUACCAGUCAACAUAAACUUAAGCCUUUCCAGGGAGCCAAAAUAUGUUUUUUGGGUUUUCCAGAGGAUGAAAAGAAGCACAUGGAAGAAGUCCUUGUUGAAAAUGGGGGAGAGGUUGCAGAUGCUGCUGAAAGCAGUCAUAUUGUGGUGGAGAGCUACAAGGCUUACAACCUGCUCAAGGGAAAGCCAGCUCCUGUGCCCACAGCAGUUGAAAACAAACCCCAACAUUCCAAGUCGCCCGACCCGUCGCGCCCCAUCCCUCCUCAACGGAGGAGAUCCUCCUUUCUGCACCUCCUACUUUCCCCAAAUAAAUAUCCAGCCAUCCGUGAAGAAGAAGGUCCCAGUUCACCAAGAACACCAGAGCCUAAGAGUCCCUCUUCGUCAUCACUGUAUGAAACGCCUAGGAACAGUGUUCUGCCCCUCAAUGCUCCAUUCUUUCCGAGCAUAAGUGAAUUACCAACCUCCACACCUAUUGAUGUGGUUGACCAUCAAGAUAGCUCUCAUGAUGAUAUGGUCACUGCUGAGGAUUGGGAUAUGGAUGAUGGUCCUUGUGACCAUUCUAUCAAACUAAUUGGGUCAGAGACCAUACUGGAGCAACCAGCUCAAGCGGUGGAUGAUCCCAUGGCCUGUGAUCAAGAGGAAGCCGCUUCUGCUCCGGUGGUUGAUGAAAUUCAAGCUCCAGAAGUUCCACAAACCGCCAUUGGCCAUUCGCAUAUAGUGAAGCCAGAGUGGUUUUGGAUAUCAGUUCAAAAUGAAGGGGCUGCAGAUGAGACUGAGUACAAAUUUGAAAGCAUUGAAAGUGUUUUGAGUCCUGCAACAUCCAGGGACUCCCUAGGAACUCCAACGUCAUCUCGUGUGAGGAAACGAAAACGUAUUGCUGCAUCAAGGCUGGUUCCUAUAGAGUCCCCAAGCUUACAUAAGCGCCGUUCGUCUGUUAGUGAUGCGGGUCUUCUUAGUUUGAGUGGUUCGUUUUUGGAUUGUUCCGCUGUGUCAGAGAAAGGAGCAACUGAUGAAGUUGAGUCAGCUACAUUGAAAAGUUUGAGUCCAAGGCAACAAGUAUUCCAUGAACUUGUACAGACUGAAACAAAUUAUGUUGGUAUUUUACACACAAUAAUGACCCUAAUCAAGGCACCUUUAGAAGAAAUGACUGACGAAGAAGUCCCUUUAUUAGACAACACAGAGCUAAAAACCAUUUUUGGACAUCUUCCACCGAUCUACGAAUUGCAUUCUAAAAUGUUGCAAGAACUUAGUUGGGCCAAUUCUCACUGGGCUGAUACAACAAGCAUAGGAAACAUUAUCCUAAAGCAUUCUCGUGAUAUGGUCAAAGCUUAUCCUCCAUUUGUAAAUUUUUUUGAACAAACAAAAGAAAUGUUGCACAAAUGUGAUCAAUCAAAACCAAGGUUUCAUGCAUUUUUGAAAGUGUGUCAAAGUAAACCUGAAUGUGGACGUCAGACCUUAGGUGAACUCUUGAUUCGCCCUGUGCAAAGAUUACCAAGCAUUAGCCUCCUGUUGGGAGAUAUCCUCAAGCACACUAGCAAGAAUAAUCCUGAUCAUGCUGCUCUAGAGGAGGCACUUAAAGCCAUUCGUGAAGUCAUGACGCACAUCAAUGAAGACAAGCGGAGAAUGGAAGCUUGCAUGGAUAUGUUUUCAAUUUUUAAUGAUAUAGACAACUGUCCUCCACACCUUGUGUCAUCGCACAGAGCUUUUGUCGCACGAUGCAAUGUUGUGGAGUUGAGUCAUGAGCUCAGUGGCCGGGGAGAUGCUCUUGUCUUUUUUCUCUUCUCUGACAUUUUGGAGGUAUGUAAAAAGAGGUCCAAAGCAGGAGGAUCUUUGAAGAGUCCAAAUACUGCCACAUUACGUAACACUAAACAUUUCAAGCAUGUACGGCUCAUUCCUUUAUCUGACAUAAAACGUGUCUUUGAUGUGCAGGAUAGAGAAGGAGUUACUGAAGAACCUGAAAAAUUGUUUGCCUUGAAGUGUCGUAGCAAUCAAGAGCUUAAAGAGAAACUUUAUUCCUUUGAACUUGUGGAUGAUGAUGUUGAUAAAUUGAACUUCCUACAGACACUCUGCAGGCAGCUGGCUAACACAGUGUGCAAAGCUGAUGCUGCUUAUUUUUUGUCACCUCUUGAAUAUGGAGAACUUGAUAUUGCAUCGAAUGAUGCAGCUUUUGGCACAUUGAGUAAAGCAUUCAAAUUGGCAUCAAGGACGCGGAUGAAAAUAGGGCGUACAUUCAGCUUCAACAAGACUCCGAGCAAGCUGAAAAGGGCUGUGUCAACCAUGAUGAGUCCAUUUGGAAGUACCACAAACCUUACACCCGCCUCACAGCUUGCUCAAAUGCGAUUGGCCUCUUGUACAAAUUUAAAUGAGCUUGGGUCACCUGCUGAACCUGAAGGUUUGAAACCACCUAUGUCAGUACAACCCAGACGAAAGCACAACAAAAGCUCUUCUUUGAGUAUGUCAUCAUUUCGAAGACUAUGAGUUAACUGCCAAAGUUCCCAAUUUGGUUGUGUUGUAUUGUAUUGUAUUGUAGUGCUUUAUUGGGCCUUAUUAUUUUAUUGUUGUUGCAAAUGACUAAUCUAAGAUUUUAUUCACUUCUUGCCUUCUGUUAAAAUGGCUCUGUAUAUUCAGAUCUGAAGCACAGUUUCAAACAAUGUGACUGAUUUAAAUAAAGAGAGGUGAGUGCCCUGAUGCUUUGGUUUGUGUAGUACUCGUGUUCAAGCAAAGUACCAAUUUAUGUUACUUCUCCAAUCAUCGAGAUGUUGAUGCUUUUUAAAGGGACUGCUUUGCAUUCUUCGAAAGUUUUAAGGCACUCUUCACUCUUUUCAAUUUCUAUGAAUUACUGCUGUAUUGUUUUUAAGUUCUUCUUGUGUAAAUAUUACUGAGCUUUCCGUCUAGUUAGUGUUUUCUUUGUACAUUAUCUGCAAUGUAUUAACAAACAAAAAAAAAAUGUUAGUAAUUAUGUGCUGAAUACCAUUGGUUUUUCCAUGGUACAUUUAAUUGUCUCUUCAGUUUAUUUGCCGCAUCUGAUUUUCUUAUCUUUGCCAUCUCUCAAAGAUGUUGCAUUGAGUGUGUCUGUGAUAAGAGUUGUGGCUGUGAAGCUUCAGUUCCACUCAUUUUGUGCAGUUCAUCCUCAGUGAUGGUGUCCUUGCGUCUCUCACUGAUAAUUUGUGCAUUGGAUAGAUCUGACAGGAAAAGUGAUCCUAAUUUUUCCCUUUUACUCAUUGUGAGAUGAAGGGAUAGUUUCUCUUCCUUGAGUUCAGUUCAGUUCAUUUAUUAGCCAAUAAAUGAAUCUACUGUUCACAGAGAUUAUAUUUAUAGGUGAGAUGUUAGUGUGUGUAUUGUGUGAUUCACAAGGCUCAUUAUCUGAUGAUUUUGGUAUUUGCAUUACAAAUUGUCUUCAAGAGGCCAAAUUUUAUCAAAUCUGGAUGGUUAAGAAUAAGAAAGUGUGUAUUAUGAAAUGCUUCAGUGUAGUGACAAUAUGAACAGUUUUGUGUUAUUCAAAAGCUAUUUGAAUCUGUUGGCCUAUUGAUAAUUUGUCAUAUCUUUUGGCAGCCUUUUGUACAAAGGAGUUGUAUACAUGUGCUGCUAGGUUUAGACUGAUAGUAAUGGAACCUGGACCUUAAACAUUUGGUUGUGCUAUGUAUCUUAACCUUGUGUGUAUGAACUUUCGAUGGAGGCAAGCGUAGUCUGCUUACUUCUCAGUUGUUGGUAGCUUGAUGCUUGCCUCAUUAAUCGUUAAAUAUUACUGUAAGACUGGUAUUGUUGGUCCAGUCCUUAUUUAAUUUGUUGAAAUUUGGAAAACUUAAACUCUCUUGCUGUAUUAUGUUGAUUCUCUACACCACAUAUUUUCUUGGAUGAUAACUUUUGAGCUUUUUGUUAAUUGGUUUAAAAUCAUCAGUGCUGUUUCUGUGUUUCCCACAAAUUUGUGGAAGAAAGUCUUUCACAUUUUGUAGCUUUGACGCUCUUGACUAAUGAUUGUGUCUUUCCAUGUCUAUUUUAAUGUUUCCUUUUGUCCACAGUUGCUUUUAAAAAUUCAUAAAUUCUAUGUGUUUUAAUAUUACUGUAUUAUUGUUUUGAGAGAAAAUGUCUUUAUUAAAUGCUUGACCUUUAUCAUCUUACCCAAAUAGACUUUUAAUUUAGAUUCUGUCAUCAAGGUUUCAUUCCACUGCAUGGAGAUUGGGCAGGGCAACAAUACGGGUGUAUAAAUUUCUGUUGUCAUUAUUUGAAAUCAUUAGUUGGAGUUCUAAUUUAGAAUCACCUGAAGUUCAUGUUAAUAAGGAAAAUAAAGCUAAAAUCAAAAGUGACAAUUGUUACUGGAUAGUAUCUAACUGUUGCAAAUUACCUUUUCCGAAGUGUCCAUCUGUCAAUCAGUCCCAACUGUAAUAAAAGCUCGGUGGUUGUAUAUUUUUGCAUGUUAUUGUAUAGUGAUUUAUAACUAUGUGUGUGUCACUCCCAAAAGCCCUAUGAAAAAGUCUUUGUUUUGAUAUUCAAAGUUGUAUUAUUUAUAUAUUAAAUUAUCCUAGUGAGGUAUUGUUUUAUUGUAUUCUGGGUUGAACUGAAUUGUGUUACACUUAUUCAAGGGAAGAUCUUCGGUACAUGUGUUUUCAUAUCAAGCCAAGUUCGCUUGCCAAAGAAUUUAUAUCAGUUAAAAUCAAAAAGUAUUUAUAAAUUGUAUUGUUCAGUAUUGGAUAGGUAAUUUUAUUUUUGUGUACAUGAUAAACAUAUAAUAAUUAGUAAUUAAAAAUUGGGUGCUUUAAAAUUCAGCUCAACUCAGACAUUGUGUCACUCAUUCAAAUUUGUAUAUUUUGGUCCAACCUCUUCCUUGGGAUGACAUACUUAUCAAAUUUGUUACCAAAUGUCAAAUAUUUAUAGUAACUAAUUUUCUGACUGUGUGUGCUGUGUCUGCUUUGUCGAGAUCUCUUUCUUGAUUUGACAAGUCUUGCCUGCUUUAUCAAAUUCCCCUCUCAACAUGUGUAAGAUAGUGGUUUAAUAGGUUAAUAGUAGUAAAGGUAAUUAUUUUCCUCCUAUUUAUUUUGGGGUAUAAAGAUUUCCCUAAACUUCUGCUAUAGAACCUCAGAUAAGGAAUUCUUUGACUGUUCACAGUAAGACUAGAUUGUAAAGGUGUGUAGAAAAUUAGUUUGUACUUACUGUGGUACAUAAGUCUUCUUUGAAUCUACACCAUUAUUUGAUGGCAUUUGUUCUGGCCUUAGUUUAACUGUGGUAGUUUUACCCUCUGAUAUGCUGUUAGUUAAACCCAAACCCUUGCCCAUAGAAGGUUAUUACCUGUCUAGAUGCGGUUUCCCCAUAAGCAUCACUUUCGCUUUUGCCCCUCUUUCUUUCCGAGAUGUUUGUUUGUUUGUGCUCUACCAGAGCAAGGUAAAAAGAAUCUGAAUUUAUUAUGUGUAAUAUGUGACUGUUAAAAGUAAUCCGAGAGUAUUAAUAAAAUCCUAAGAAACUAA